UUGUUCUCUCAGCGGUCCUCCUCCUCUCCGGUGGUCCUCAGCAUCAGUCUCCCUCCCUCCGUCAGUCGACCCGCCGCAGCAGGAGGAAGAAGAAGAGCAACAUGUUGCUGCAGAACCUGUUUGUCUGGAUCCUGUCAGUCCUGUGUGGCACCGAUGUGUGUUUGGGAUUUGUGUACGACCGACCCAAACGCUCCGGAGAGGACGGCACUUCAGCCCGGGCCGAGGGUCGCCCGGUGUCUCAGUACGUUCCGACCUCCGGCUCCUGCAGGAACAGAUGCUUCGAGCUGGUCGAGUACGAUCCGCCCAACUGUCGCUGUGACAACCUGUGUAAGACCUACAACAGCUGCUGCUCGGACUUUGACCAGCUCUGCCUCAGGACAGAGGGGGGAUACGAGUGCAGGAAGGAUCGAUGUGGGGAGACUCGGAACGAGCAGCAUGCCUGCCACUGCUCCGACGACUGUCUGGUCAGAGGAGACUGUUGCACCAACUACAAGAGCCUGUGUAAAGGCGACAGUUCGUGGCUCCAGGACCAGUGUGAAGAGAUCAAGAGCCCUGAAUGUCCGGCUGGGUUUGUGCGUCCACCGCUCAUCAUGCUGUCAGUGGAUGGAUUUCGAGCUUCUUACGUGAAGAGAGGAAACGCCGUCAUACCCAACAUCAACAAACUCCGAACAUGUGGAACCCACGCUCCGUACAUGAGACCUGUGUAUCCGUCCAAGACCUUUCCCAACCUCUACUCACUGGCUACGGGUCUCUAUCCAGAGUCUCAUGGUAUCGUUGGCAACUCGAUGUACGACCCAGUGUUCGACGCCACCUUCACGCUGAGAAGCCGAGAGAAACUCAAUCAUCGGUGGUGGGGAGGACAGCCGAUCUGGAUCACAGCACUCAAACAGGGGGUGAAGGCUGCCACCUUCUUCUGGCCCAUUGCCAUCCCGUUGGAGAGGAGGAUCCUGACCAUGCUACAGUGGCUCCACCUCCCUGAGGGAGAAAGGCCCUAUGUUUACGCCAUGCACUCUGAGCAGCCGGACACAUACGGACACAAAAUGGGGCCCAUGAGCACAGAACUGAACAACCCUCUGAGGGUGAUUGACAGAAUUGUCGGUCAGCUGAUGGACGGACUGAAGCAGAUGAAACUGCACCGGUGUGUCAACAUCAUCCUGGUGGGGGAUCACGGGAUGGAGGAGGCUCACUGCGAUCGCACCGAGUUCCUCAGCAACUACAUGACCAAUGUCGACGACAUCAUCCUCAUCCCUGGGUCGCUAGGCAGAAUACGCUCCAGAUACCCCAACAACCCCAAAUACGACCCCAAGGCUGUUGUCGCAAACCUCACGUGUAAGAAAGCGGAGCAGCACUUUAAGCCUUACCUGAAGCAGCACCUGCCCAAGCGCUUACACUACGCGUACAAUCGACGCAUUGAGGAGAUUCAUCUGCUGGUGGAGAGGAAGUGGCACGUUGCCAGAAAGGUUCCUGAAGGGAGGAGGCACUGCGGCUUCGCUGGGGACCAUGGAUACGACAAUAAGAUCACCAGUAUGCAGACUAUCUUCCUGGGCUUUGGACCUACGUUUAAAUUCAGGACUAAAGUUCCAGCCUUUGAGAACAUUGAGCUUUAUAAUGUCAUGUGUGAUCUCCUGGGCCUGAAGCCGGCCCCCAACAACGGAACCCACGGCAGCUUGAACCACCUGCUGAGGAGUCCCGUGUACCGGCCCUCCAUGCCCGAAGAGGUUUCCCGACCGGCGACCUCGGGUCUGGUUCCCGCGGGAGCAGACGACCUGGGCUGCAGCUGCGAUGACAAGUUGCGUGUAAAAAGUAGGAUCCAGAGAGGUUUGAAAGUGACCCUUGUACGAGGCUAUAACCUGGAGUCACUGUGGCUCUGUCUCUUACAGAACAAAGUGGAGGAGCUAAACCAGCGACUGAGGCAAGCGAUCGAUGACAGCAGGAACCUGCCGUACGGUCGACCUGCUGUCCUCUUCCGUACCAAAUACUCCCUCCUGCACCACAGUGACUUCAUCAGUGGCUACAGCGAGUCGCUGUCGAUGCCCCUCUGGACGUCGUACACUGUCAGCAGACAGGUAGAGGUCUCCCCUCUGCCGGACGCUCUGUCCAACUGUGUGAGGCCCGACUCCCGGGUUCCUCCGGCCUACAGUCAGUCCUGCACCAACUACAGAGCAGACAAACAGAUCACCUUCGCCUUCCUGUACCCGCCACAAUUAUCCUCAACUGUAGACAAAAAGUACGACGGCGUCCUGAUCACCAACACUGUUCCCAUGUUUCCUGCAUUCAAGAGAAUCUGGGGCUACUUCCAGAGAGCGCUGGUGAAGAAAUAUGCCACGGAGAGAAACGGAGUGAACGUUCUCGUCGGACCCGUAUUCGACUACAACUGCGAUGGUGUCAGGGACUCGGCGGAGAAGAUCCGAGAGUACGUCAGUGGAACGAUCCCCGUGCCCACCCACUACUUCGCGGUGCUGACCAGCUGCUUGGACUUCACGCAGGCCGCGGACUCCUGCAGCGGACCCCUGAGCAGCGCCGCGUUCAUCCUGCCACACAGACCGAGCAACGACGAGACCUGCAGAAGCUCGGAGGAGGAGUCUCGCUGGGCGGAGGAGCUGAUGAAGAUGCACACGGCUCGGGUCCGAGACGUGGAGCUCCUGACGGGCCUGGACUUGUACCGCAGAACCACGCGGAGCUACGGUGAAAUCCUCUCGCUCAAAACCUACAUGCACACGUACGAGAGCGAGAUCUGACUGUUCACAUCAUUUCUUUCCAACCGUGGUGGAUGAAUGUGGUAUCUCUGUUACACUGACCUACACUAGCUCCAGCCAUCACUGGCCACCGCCCCGUCACUGGGUGUCUGUUCUAGUCUCAUUCAUUUUCUUGAACACGUCUGAUCGACAAGCUGAGGUCCACUUGAGUGGAUUCUGUUCAGGAGCAGGAAGCAAAACGUUUAGUGUCUCAUGGUCAAACUCAAUGAAAUGACAUCAAACGUCAAGGGCAUAAUAUUUACUGACCCUCCCUUCUACUACAGGUACGGAAUCAUAAAAAUAAUAAUAAUAGUCGUGUAUAUUUUAGUUUGUUUCACAUUCCCAAAUGUGAACCUGAGUCAGACGAAAAAAGUCAAUAGGUCAGUUGCCCUGUCGACACAAACGGUACUGUACACGUUAUCAAAUAUGAAUAUAUGUUUCAUCCGCGAGCAGUAAAACACAGCUUACACACACACACUGCAGAUACGUGUUAAUAUUUUAACAAAGAAACUUGACAGAUUCUAAAAACUUGUUUCGAGAGCACAGUAGUGUGUGAAAAGUGUUGUUUUAAUUAUUUUCCAUUUCCAGACAGGACAAUCACAUCCAUAUUAAGACAGAAAUGUGAUAUUGACCCACUCUGACUUUUUUUUACUCUUUGUACUACGUCUGCAUUAAAUUGCCUUCGUGUUUUGACAUGAAAUAAUAAUGCAAUGUGUGUGUGUGUGUGUGUGUGUGUGUGAAACUCAAGAUAUUUUCUUUUUGAUUGACUGUUGUGUGUUUACGUGUGUGUGUGUGUUAUGAUGUUGAAUUUUUGUUCUGUGCACAAUAUCAAUAAUGUUGAUGAUGAUUUAUUAUUGUAUUUUCUCUAAAACAUCUUCCACCUGUGAGACGUUCCUAUUUAUGCUUUAUGUAAAUGUCAUCAGAAUAAACUCGU